AGGCUUUGAGAAUUGACAAUCUGGUUAACACUUGACAAUUUGAUUCAAAACUCUUCGUAAAAUAACCUGAGCAUUGUUUACAAAGAUAAUAUAACCACUAUGUACGUUAAAUUAUUUGUCUCUGAUACAACACAAUGGAAUUGAUGGAAUUAGCAGCAUUUUACUUACACUAUACGAUUUAGAUAUUGUACAAAUGAGGAUGAUAAAUAAAUUUUAAAAAAGUCAACAAGCUGUUAAAACAGACAUAUACAGAUUUGGAAUAAAGUAAAUAAAACCCCAUAAUAUGUCCAAACAUGAUAGAAAAUCUUGUUACUUUGGUUGUAAAACUGACGCUCCUGUCCAUGGAUUCCCCGCAGCACUUACUUAUAGAUACCAAACAAUGCAAGAUGACAGAUACAAACAAUGGAUACGUGUACUUGAUGAGGAAACAAUUGCAAAAGGAGAACGCUACAUCAAACGUAGGGUGCAUCUGUGUGCGAACCAUUUUGAAAAUCAUUUCAAAUUUCCUAGUGGUCUGUUGACUAAAAACGCAAUUCCAACUUUGAAUAUUAUAACUUCAACACCAGUUGGGAAAGCAGUUUUCACCAGAGAAGAACUGGAAAGAAAGUCUAGUGUUGCUGUUUUCAAAAUUGCUUUAAGAUUACCAAGAAAUAAAUCUGUUGCACAAAGCAAUAAGGAAGAUAAUCUCUGCAAUAAGCCAGCUGUUGCAGAACUGAGCAGUAAUGAAACUGUUCACACAGAAGUUGAUAAUGAAGCGAAUUUCAUACAGGCCAGCCCUAAAGAGAGUGUGCUUUCGAAUGCCGAUAGUGUUAUGUGUGAUGGACUGGCGCGUGUAGAUGUAAGCUUGUAUUCUGAUGGACAGCUGUACUCCUGGCAGAAACCCGGUGAAAUUUUGAAAAUAGAAACAGAUGAAUUGGACCCGAUCCCAGACGAUUUAUCUUUGUAUUGCGACAAAGGAAAAUCGGCAACGUUGGACCAAGACAGGAAAUCUGAAGAUAAUUCAAUGGUAUACGAAGAGUUCCGGUGUAAUGCGUGCAACGGUGCAAUAAUCGGGUUCCGCUACACGUGUGUGCAGUGCAGCGACUUGGACCUUUGCGGCGCGUGCGAGGCCCACAGAGCGCACCACCAACACUACGUACUGCGAAUACCCGCGCCUAAGCCGAUAGUCGAGGUCCAGCUAGUCCUGGCCACUAUACGGCGGCAUCUCAUGAACAAAAUGGAUCCUAUCACUCAACACGACCAGGAUUUGGACGAUCUCGUUAGUAUUAAAUCUGAAGUGAAGUCGGAAAGUGAAGAUCAAAAUGAUGAUUGGCAAGAUGAAUGGGAACCGAAUAAAAAACCUCCUGUAGAAGACGCGUUAGUUGAUUCGAAGGAGCCCAUCUCGUCAGAAGUCCCUGAAUUAGAAGUUGAAGACUGCAGUGAAAAUACCAGCAAUGAAAAAGAAACAGAAAAUAAACAUCGCAUGAAGCAGUAUAAAGACAAGACAAACGGCACAGAGCCUCCUUCUAACAAAAAAAUAAUAAUAAAACGGGCGAACAUUAUUGACCCUAAGGAUGUCCAACCAUUGGCAAAGAAAAUACGCUUACUAUCUUCGCCAUAUAAGGAAUUGGAGAUAGAAAUGGAAGAUAUGAAGUCACAAAGAAAAGAUGCAGACUUGCAACCUAAAAUAAAAUUUGCAGGUGCAUUGGCAAAUGUAAAAGUUGCAGGCGUCUUGCCAAACGAACAAGUUGUAGGCCACAUGCCAAAAACUAAAGUUGCCAACAUAUUUCCAAGAACAAGAAUUGCGGGCGACUUAGCAAAAAUAGAAAGUACAGACAACUUGUCAAGAGCCCAAGUUAUAGGUGAAUUAGCAAGAGACAAAGAAGACGGUUUGCCAUUAAAAAUAACUACAACCGACGUGCGAAAGUCAGAAGAUGUAGGCGAUUUUUUAAGAACCGAAUUUGUAGGCCAAUUGCCGGAAAACAAAUUAGCAGGUGACUUGACAAAAAUCAAACUGGCACCAAACUUUCGAAGAGUACCAAAGUUGUAACUGUUCCACAAAGGACAAAUGUCGCCAGUGCACAGAAACUUACCAAAACUAUAGACGUUCCGUCUAAACCUUGUGAAGUCGUAAAACUACGAACCAAUUUUAUGGACGACAAACUAAAACCCAUUUUUAUAAGUAGGAAGAGUCAAGUCAAAGUGGUAAACGCACAGACACAAAGCGAAGUUUUUGGUCUUCAGUCAGGGAAAAAAAUUGAAGACCUAACACCACGAACCAAAGUCGUGGUUAUGUCACCGUCGGCCAGAUUUGCGCAAAUAACAAAUGAAGUGACGAUGUCGCGAGAAAUUACAGUUUCAGAUGGACCGUCACAAAUGGAAACUUCACGCAUACAACAAGAAUUCAUAUUACCAGACGUAAAGUUCGACAAAUCUGAAUGUUCUGUCAGGCUACAGAGAUUGUCACCAGGAAUGUUCAGGAAAACUUUAUCAAAAAUGUCUGCGCAGACGCGGGCUUCGAGCGGCGACUUGUGGGACAGUAGCGAUGAAGACAACAGAUGACACGCGCGGUGUGCUACAGCCGGGAUCAAAUAUACAGUUGGGACAUAUUCAAUGUGACCAAAAAAAUUUAUUUCCAAGUGAAGAUAAUUUAAAUGAAUAAACGGUGUUUUGUUUAAAA